AUGCAAGAAGUUUUGAAGGAUGAGAUUAUCAAAUGUUUAGAUGCUGGGGUAGUUUAUCUGAUCGCUGGUAAUAAUUGGGUGUGUUUGGUUCAAUGUGUGCCAAAGAAGAGAGGAAUCACUGUGGUUCCCAACUCAAAGAAUGAACUUGUCCCUAUGAGGCCUAUGUCUGGUUGGAGGGUCUGCAUGGAUAACCGCAAGUUGAAUGCAUGGAGUGAAAAAGAUCACUUCGAAAUGUCGUUCAUGGACCAAAAGUUAGAUCAUCUUACUGGAAAAGGGUCGCUAUUCGGGUUGUGUAAUGCACUAACAACUUUUAAAUGUUGUCUGAUGUCUAUAUUCUCUGAUAUGGUGGAAGAUACUAUUGAGGCAUUCAUGGAUGAUUUUUCUGUGGUUGGUGACUCGUUUGAGGAUUUCUUGGCACACUUGGGUGAUAUUCUCAAUUGCCAUGAAAAAUACAAUCUUGUUCUAAACUGA